UGAGGUGUGCAUAGCUCUUGUCCUGAGCCUGGAGAGAGCGGUCUGAGCGAGCUGUCUCCCCAUGGAGACCAUUCCUAGGCGGGAGGGAAACGAAGCCUGGUGACCUAUCUCAGCGCAGUGGGGUUUAUGGGGUUUGCCUGUACCUAAGUGGAACCUGAUCUGCCCUUAGUUGUAUUUACUGCAGGCAGUGUGGUUUUGCUUCUCCCCCUCUGUGCACCAGGGAUCAUUGAUCAGUUACACCAAACCAAAUUGGACUAAAUUAGUAGAUGCUUCCAGUGACUUAGUUCGUUAAAAUGCUGGGCUACGUAGCUGGUUUUUAAUUGUAUAGUGGGACUGUACUUUGCUCCACCAAGAUAACUCUUGUUAAAUAAAUAAAAUUUUCAGUUUCAAAGGGAAUUUACAGUUCCAGCAGGUUUUGCAAUUUUCAAGGUUGACAUCAGAGUUACAGUUAAAACUACGUAAGGCUUACCUCGGUCUGUAUUUUACUGUCUGCAGAAUGUUUCCCUCUGUACACACUUGAGCAGAAAAUUGUGUUACCUGCUUAAUACUCUUGGACUUCAUUUCUCAUGAUAGAUUAGAAUUGGAAGAUGGGGCUGUAUUUGCAAGUUAGUUGGUUUGCUCAUAUUUUGAGUAUAUUCAUACAUAGCUAACGUGGUGCUGUAAGUUGUAUUUCGAUGUACUGUUUCAAGUUCUGUUUGUAAUCUGGCUUUGGCAACCCAGCAGGCUGCCCCUUUAGCUCCUGAAAUACAAGCCUGUGCUAAAGCACUGCCAUUAACUGUCAUGGCUAAUGCUGAUACAUCUGUAAUGCACUUACCAGAUUGCUAAUUAACUCAUAGCCACACAAAACAACCCACUCAAAAUUCCUCUCUUUGUUGGCAGUCUCAGUGGAUUUGCAGGAUUUGAAAGGGCAUGGCCAGGAUUCAUUUGUUUUGGUGAUGUAAAUAAGAGACUUUUGUGAUUGACAGUUAAAAAGUUAGGAGUCUGUUUGGCAUGAAAGUAAAAACAACAAUAGAAAUAGUAGAUCUCAGUUUCUUUCAAAUGUUUAGCCCUUAAUUGUACAUUUAAUCACCAGAUGUUCCCAGUUUUAUUUAAAACACUGUUAUAACUGGAAAUUUUAUGAUUUAAGGGAUAAGUAGCCCCAUGAAGUUAACUGUAUAUAUUUUUUCGUGUAAAUAGGCAUCACUGUUUCUAGGAGUGACUUAGAUGCAGUUGUGACAUGCAUCGGCUGGAUGCCUUCCACAUACAUGUUUUAGCUAUAUAUACAGCCUUGGUGGUAAAAACAAACCAAACAAAAGCCUGUAGUUUUAGAAACACACUGAUUAAUCUAUUAGGUGCAUUAAAUCUGUUCCCUUUAUACUUCCAGGGUGAAAAUCAGUUGGAAUGAAGUGCUUUAUCUCACUAAUAUGUGCUGCAAUAUUACUUUAAAUUUGGGAUUUCUUCAUCUUUGUUAAUCAUGUUCUGAGUUUUUUCAGAAAAUCAGCUCAUCUGCCAUUCAGCUUUUCUUAUGAGUGUGCACAUUAUGAUUAGAUACCCAAACCUUUUUUGACUAUUAAAACACAAAUAAUUUAUUACCAGUCAGUCUGCAAUAAAGAAAUGGGUUUGGGGUUCUUUAGAAAGGAAGGUAUGCCUGAGCAAUGAUAAUACAAGUUUGGCCAGGAGAGAAGAAAUGAACAAGAAAUACCACCUGCAUUGAGAGAAGCUUGACGGGCUGUUUGGGUAGGAAUGCAGGAUACGUUAGUGUCCUUGUGAAAGUCUGCCCAGAUAUCGUCAUUGACGUGCCUUUGGAAAUUGACAGUUGCAGCUUGCGUAUGAUCUGUGAAGAUUCGCAAGAGUUCACAAAGUCAGCUCUCAAGUUUUCACUUCAGUAGACAAUGUUACUAGCUCAGAUAAAUCGAGACUCUCAGGGAAUGACGGAAUUUUCUGGAGGAGGAAUGGAGGCCCAGCACGUGACUCUGUGUCUAACAGAAGCUGUAGCUGUGCAAGGUGACCCUUCAGAUGGUGACAACUUGGAAAACAUGGAAGGUGUAAGUUUGCAAGCAGUUACCCUGGCUGAUGGCUCCACUGCUUACAUACAGCACAAUUCUAAAGAUGGUAAAUUAAUGGAUGGCCAAGUGAUUCAAUUAGAAGAUGGUUCUGCUGCUUAUGUUCAACAUGUACCUAUGCCUAAAAGCAGGGAGAGCCUGCGGCUGGAAGAUGGACAGGCGGUUCAGCUGGAAGAUGGAACUACAGCAUUUAUUCAUCACACCUCCAAAGACAGUUAUGACCAGAGUGCCCUGCAAGCUGUGCAGCUGGAGGAUGGAACCACUGCCUACAUCCACCACACGGUGCAGAUGCCACAGUCAGACACCAUUUUGGCCAUCCAGGCUGAUGGCACAGUGGCAGGACUGCACACAGGAGAUGCUGCCAUCGACCCUGACACCAUCAGUGCUCUGGAGCAAUAUGCAGCCAAGGUGUCCAUUGAUGGAAAUGACAGUGUUAGUAGCACAGGAAUUAUAGGCGAAAAUGAACAAGAUAAAAAAAUGCAGAUUGUCUUGCAAGGACAUGGAACAAGAGUGACUGCAAAAUCACAGCAGACUGGAGAGAAAGCCUUUCGCUGUGAUUAUGAUGGCUGUGGAAAACUGUACACAACUGCUCACCAUCUUAAGGUGCAUGAAAGGUCUCACACAGGGGACAGACCAUACCAGUGUGAACAUCCUGGAUGUGGCAAAGCCUUUGCAACAGGGUACGGGUUGAAAAGCCACGUGCGCACACACACUGGGGAGAAGCCCUAUCGCUGCACCGAGGAGAACUGCACCAAAUCCUUCAAGACUUCUGGAGACCUGCAGAAGCACAUUCGGACCCACACAGGUGAAAGGCCUUUUAAGUGUCCCUUUGAAGGAUGUGGCAGGUCAUUCACAACAUCUAACAUUAGAAAGGUUCACAUCAGGACACACACAGGCGAAAGGCCUUAUUACUGUACAGAGCCAGGAUGUGGGAGAGCUUUUGCCAGUGCAACUAAUUAUAAGAAUCAUGUGAGAAUACACACAGGGGAGAAGCCCUAUGUGUGUACAGUUCCUGGCUGUGACAAACGUUUCACAGAGUAUUCCAGUUUAUACAAACAUCAUGUUGUACAUACUCAUUCCAAACCCUACAACUGCAAUCACUGCGGGAAGACCUACAAGCAGAUCUCUACCCUUGCUAUGCACAAACGGACAGCGCACAACGACACUGAGCCCAUUGAGGAAGAACAAGAGGCUUUCUUUGAGCCCCCUCCAGGUCAAGGUGAAGAUGUGCUCAAAGGCUCCCAGAUCACCUACGUGACAGGUGUAGAGGGAGAAGAUGUCAUUUCUGCACAGGUUGCUACAGUUACUCAGUCAGGAUUAGGCCAACAAGUAGCACUAAUAUCCCAGGAUGGAACCCAGCAUGUGAACAUAUCGCAGGCAGACAUGCAGGCCAUCGGCAACACCAUCACCAUGGUGACACAAGAUGGCACCACCAUCACAGUCCCUGCCCACGACGCCGUCAUCUCCUCGGCCGGAACGCACUCGGUGGCCAUGGUCACUGCAGAGGGCACCGAGGGACAGCAGGUUGCAAUUGUGGCCCAAGACCUAGCAGCGUUUCACAGUGCCUCCUCAGAAAUGGGACACCAGCAGCACGGACACCAUCUAGUGACUACAGAAACUAGACCUGUCACAUUGUUGGCUACAUCCAAUGGGACACAAAUUGCAGUACAGCUUGGAGAACAACAGUCUCUGGAAGAAGCCAUUAGAAUAGCCUCCAGAAUACAACAGGGGGAAACACCAGGGAUUGAUGAUUAACUUGUAAAACUGCUACCAGAACAAUAGAGUGAAAGGUAUUUUAUUUUCAACCAACAAAGGUCCAUGCCAGCAACAGCCCAUACAAACUUUGAAGUCCCCCACUCACUGAUACUGUGUACACAUUUUAUGCAAGAGUGAAGAACAUUUUCUAAGUUUUGUGUACAUAACCCUUGGAAUGGACUGACAUCAUCUACUUCCAACCGUUGCAUUCAGGAAUAUGAAAUUAGGAUUAUAUAGUAAACUUCCUUGUUAUCCUUUCAUCAGAUUUCAGACUGGUCUACAAGCAAGUAAAAAAUAGAAGUAUUGGAGUGAAUUUUUAAUGUCAUGUACAAAUAAUGAAGGCAUUACUGAAGAUUUCAGCUGUUUAAAUAACCAUUUCAGGAACCCUUACAAGUAAUAAAGGCAACAAAGCCUUUUAAAAUUGCAUUCCAUUAAUGGAAAAGUCUUGGAUUUUGAGCCUACUACUGUAAAUCUUCGUAUUUUGAUUUGUUUCAUACAGAUUUGAAUACUCUUUAGAUUAUCUACCCCAUCUCAUUCAUUGUAAAUACAGACUGUUAAUGCUGGAAGUGCUAAUUAUAUUAUCUUUAAAUUGGAUUAUGUACAAAGAACUGGUUGUUGAAUAUUAAAGAAAGUAAAUCUAAUGAUUUUGUUUCUUUACAUAUUUUACUUAAGAUGUUACUCUCAGAUUAUUAUGCAAUAAAAUAUAGCAAGAUUGUAUUGUUUAGAUAGGAUGAUAUUGUCAUGUGACAUACUGUUUUACUUCUUACUGAGACUGAAGUUCAAAUUAUUUAUUUACGGCCUUGUAUAAAUUUUUUCAAAGUUUAUUUAUCAUAAACUUCAUUUUUUGGCAUUAAUUUUGACCGUGAUCCACUAUAGUGUAUUAAGCAAAUACUGGUAAUAGUUAUCUCAGACAUUCUGAAACACUACAAGAGUGGUUUUCACUAGAAGGUGAAGUUACCCAUUUUCAAGUGAACUGUUUUCAAAUGGUGCAUUUGCAGCAAAAGUACAAGUACUAAUAGUUUAUUUUCGACAGUUCUGAGUGCCUGCUGCUGCCAUUCAGUACCUAGGAUGUGCUUGAUAAUCAGUGCUUUUGAAAAUCAGGACACAAGUUACUAGAAAAAAGGGAUUAAUGAUGAUGUAAGUACAAUGCUCCUCUCCAACUAUCAUUCUGUAAAGGAAAAAAUCCAUUGUAGAUAUGUCUAACAUAUACAGCAAAAUGUAACUUUCAAUUUUUUUUAUAUGAAGAAGUGUUUUUACUCUUGUCUUGUUAGCAAGCUGGUUAAGCAAGUUAAAAAUUUUUGGCUUCCUGUAAGAUUCAGUGCUUAUUUUAGAUUAGUGUCAAGAGCACUUCUGAAACUGAAGCCUCACCUUUAGCUUUCUCAAGGGAAGGAUUGAACAUCCUCUGGACAAAAUAUUUAUUAAGGAAUCCCAAGUAUUAUGAGGUGCACAUCCUACAUAAAAAAAUAAAGUCCAUAACUAAGUACCUUGAGGUAUUUGACCUCAGAAAGGCCAAGUUUCAAUAGAAUGAGCCAGUUUAUUGUGAAUUACUGUAUCAGUGUGGGUUGCAGCCUUUUAUGUUUUCUGCCCAGAAGCAGUGAGAGAAUACAGUACUGUGGGAUAGAUGGGGACACAGCAAAGGCCAUUCUCUGCAUAAAUUACAAAGUGAAACUUGGAAACCUAUAGGUUGUCUGUAACUUUUGUAUAGGAUUGAGGUUGCUUGCUCACUUAGGUGCCAGUUUUUCUGAAAUGUUGUAAAUCUUGAUAUCCCAUGGAGAUAAAUGUACUAUGCAAGGAGGAUUAAUUGCCUGUCAACUAGAUCAGUUUCUUAGUACUUAUCACCUUUUAGAAAUUAAAGUUGUAUCAUUUGA